CUUCUCUACCACAUAGAAGAAAUUAGACGAUUUCCUUAUCACUUUCUCUUCUUUGUUCCUUUUAAUUAUCUGUAUUUGUUUAGUUUUUUAUUUUUUUGGGACCUGCUCUGAAGAAGCUUCAGACAGUUUGCUUCCAGUAGUUAGAAUUUCUUCCCAAAGAAAAAAAACAACUUUUUUUCCAAAUGAGCAAUCUUAAGUUGGCAGUAGAAGUUAUCAGUGCUCAUGACCUCUACCCGAAGGAAAGCAAUGGCUCCUGUAAUCCCUGUGUUGAGCUCCAUUUUGAUAACCAGAAGUUUCGAACCGCCAUCAAAGAUGGAGACAUCAAUCCCCACUGGAACGAGCUAUUCUACUUCACCAUCUCCGAUCCCUCUUCCCUCCAUGAUUCCCCUCUCAAAGCAGUCGUCUACCACGUAAACAAAGAAACCAGAUCGAAGUCGGCUAUUGGUAAAGUUCAGAUUUCUGGCUCCUCAUUUGUUUCUCAAUCUGACGCAGCUGUCCUCUACUAUCCAUUGGAGAAGAAGAACAUGUUUUCCAGCACAAAAGGAGAGCUUGGGCUCAAAGUUUUUCUUACUGAUGAUCCAUCUGUGAGGUCUUCCAGUCCUCUCCCUGAUUCUGAUUUCUUUCAGGAUUAUCAGUCUGAAGAUCAAAUUCCAUUUCCAAAUCCAACUUCUUCAAACAUCUUCCAUCACCUUCCCCGAGAGCAAAACCAGCUCAAAACUUCUUUCAUGGUCGACGAAAUGAAAUCAGCUCCUCAAAGACCAACAAGAGUUUUCUCUCCUCCACAACAACAGCCAUUGGAGUUCCAGCUCAAAGAAACAAGACCAAAGCUCGGAGGCGGACAAGUUGUGGGAGGUAGAGUAAUCCCUGGAGAGAAGCCAACCAGCACCUACGAUCUAGUCGAGAAAGUCGAAUACCUCUUCGUCCGUGUUGUCAAAGCUCGAGAUUUACCCUCCAAGGACAUCACCGGAAGCCUUGAUCCUUACGUCGAGCUGCGACUCGGGAACAACAAAGCCAGAACAAAACACUUUGUGAAGAAUCAAAACCCAGAGUGGGAUGAAGUUUUCGCCUUUCCGAUCGACCGGCUUCAAUCCUCGGUCCUCGAAGUUCUGGUUAAAGACAAGGAUGUUAUCAAAGACGACUUUGUUGGAAUGGUGUUCUUCGAUCUCACUGAUCUCCCUAGGCGUGCACCGCCUGACAGCCCGCUGGCUCCGGAGUGGUACUGGAUGGUUGAUAAGAAGGGAGGAAAGGGGAAAGGAGAGCUCAUGUUAGCAGUAUGGAUUGGAACUCAGGCUGACGAGUGCUUCCCCAUUGCUUCACAUCCUGAUUCGAUGGGAGGGGGACCGACUGCUGCUGCUUUCAAUUCUCUAAUCAGAUCAAAGGUUUAUCAUUCUCCGCGGCUUUGGUAUGUUCGUGUCAACAUCAUCGAAGCUCAAGACAUUAUAAUCGCUGACAAAACCAGGUUUCCCGACGUAUUAGUGAGGUGCCAAAUUGGAAUACAGGUUCUCAAAACCAAGCCGAUCCAGGCGAGGACGAUGAAUGUUUUAUGGAAUGAAGAGUUCAUGUUCGUCGCCGCAGAGCCGUUUGAGGAAGCCUUGCUUCUCUCAGUAGUCGACCGCGUCGCAUCCAACAAAGAAGAAACCAUCGGCCGAGUUCAAAUACACCUCUCCACAGUCGAGAAGCGCUUGGACGAUAAACUUAUCAACACGAAGUGGUACACCCUGGACAAGAAUGCGGUAACAGAGGACGAAAAGGAGAAGAAAAGGGAGAAAUUUUUAAGUAGAUUGCAUGUAAGACUCUGUCUGGAUGGCGGCUACCAUGUGCUUGAUGAGUCAACUCAUUACAGCAGCGAUCUCAGACCAACAGCGAAGCAGCUAUGGAAGCAAUCGAUUGGCUUACUUGAGCUCGGAAUCCUGAAUGCCGAUGGCCUCCCACCGAUGAAGACGAGAGAAGGAAAAGGCUCCUGCGAUAGUUACUGUGUGGCAAAGUAUGGCCAGAAAUGGAUUAGAACUCGAACUGUCUUGAACAAUUUGAGCCCAAGAUACAACGAGCAGUACACAUGGGAGGUUUAUGACACCGCCACCGUCCUCACCGUCGGAGUUUUUGACAAUAACCAGUUUGAAAAGGGCAGUGAGGAAGCCAAGGAUGGAAGAAUUGGCAAAGUUAGGAUUAGACUUUCAACUCUCGAAACAGGAAGAGUCUACACUCACUCUUAUCCCCUACUUGUUCUUCAUAGUUCCGGCUUGAAGAAAAUGGGUGAGCUCCAUCUUGCGAUCCGGUUCUCAUCAACCUCCCUUCUCAACACGAUGUUGAUAUACUCGAAGCCGUUACUGCCCAAACUACAUUACCUUCAUCCAUUAUCCAUAACCCAGCUCGAAGUUCUUCGCAACCAUGCAGUUCAACUCGUGGCUUCUAGGCUGAGUCGAAUGGAGCCGCCGUUGAAGAAGGAAGUCGUUGAGUACAUGUCAGAUGUCGAAUCACAUCUAUGGAGCAUGAGACGAAGCAAAGCGAAUUUCUCGCGGUUCAUGUCCGUCUUCUCCGGUGUAAUGGCGGUCGGAAGAUGGUUCGGUGAUGUCUGUUACUGGAAAAAUCCGAUAACAACAGUGUUAGUUCAUGUCCUGUUUGUGAUGCUUGUGUGCUUCCCUGAGCUCAUAGUUCCAACCAUUUUCCUCUACUCCUUUCUGAUUGGAAUGUGGAAUUAUCGAUUCCGGUCCCGCCAUCCUCCUCACAUGAACACGAGAAUUUUACAGGCUGACUCGGUGCAUCCGGAUGAGUUGGAUGAGGAGUUUGACUCGUUUCCGACUAGUAAAGGGCCGGAGUUGGUGAGGAUGCGUUAUGAUAGGCUGAGGAGUGUGGCGGGCAGGAUGCAGACGGUGGUCGGCGAUGUGGCGACGCAGGGGGAGAGGUUGCAGAUGCUUUUGAAUUGGAGAGAUCCGAGAGCAACUGCAAUAUUUUUGGUGUUUUGUUUGUGUAGUGCUGCGGUGCUUUAUGUGACUCCAUUCUCGGUGUUGGUGGUGGUUGCUGGUUUUUAUUUGAUGAGGCAUCCAAUGUUCAGGCAUAAGAUGCCUUCUCCAACUAUAAACUUCUUCAGGAGAUUGCCUGCAAGAACAGAUUCUAUGUUGUGAUGGGGAAUUUGGGUUGCAGGCUCUUGUUCUGAGAAAUAUUUAUGAAUUUAGUUUUGAAAUUUUUAGUGAUUUAGAUUUGAAAUAUGUAAAAAUUUUUAGGGAAUUUUGAUGAAGAUGUAUGAUGUAUUUUCAAGUGUGAUGCCGUAAGCUGCAUUUUGAUACAUGGUGCUUGUAUUGAAAUAU